AUGGCACCUUCCGAGGGCUUCACGCUCCUCAGCCCCGCCAGCCGGCUGUGUUGCCCAUUGCAGCCGGCAGGCGUCGCCAGCGGACAGGCCCGUCGGGGGCGUGGCUACGAAGUCUGCAGAGCCAAUAAAGGCGGCGGCUUGCAGCUCGCGAGGAUCUCUUCCAGGCCACCCUGGGAACAGCGGGGCGGAGUCGAGGCCGGGGGUGGUGGAGGAGGCUCAAGGUCAGAUCACGGAGGGGGAGGGCCAGCGCCCUGGCCGGCCGGGCUGGAGGAGGGUUCCGAGCUGAAGGCGGAUGUUGUCCCAAAGACAGCAGAGAAUUUCAGAGCACUGUGUACUGGAGAGAAGGGCUUUGGCUACAAAGGUUCCACAUUCCACAGGGUGAUCCCGGCCUUCAUGUGCCAGGGGGGCGACUUCACCAACCACAACGGCACGGGGGGCAAGUCCAUCUAUGGGAGCCGCUUUCCCGAUGAGAACUUCACGCUGAAGCACGAGGGGCCAGGUAUCCUGUCCAUGGCCAAUGCAGGCCCCAACACCAACGGCUCCCAAUUCUUCAUUUGCACCAUAAAGACAGACUGGUUGGAUGGCAAGCAUGUGGUAUUCGGCCACGUCAAAGAGGGCAUGGAGGUCGUGAAGAAGAUAGAAUCUUUCGGCUCUAAGAGCGGGAAGACGUCCAAGAAGAUUGUCAUCACAGACUGUGGCCAGUUGAGCUAACCGGCGGCCAGGGUACUGGGACGGUAGCACCUGUGGGUUGACUCACCCAGGUCACCACCUGGGACUCUCAGCCAAGGUGCCCCGAAGAGCGCCCUAUGCUCGUCCCACCGCCUGUGUGCUUGAGGAAGGCCACUCAGGGAUGCACACCUCCUCCAGGGCCACCAGCCUUUUGACUCGGGGGACAGCCCAUUGCUGCAGAAGGACUGUGAUACCUGUUUACUGUUGUCUUCCUACUUGUAAUAAUAUAAGUAACAAGACAGCCUAGAAA